AUGGACCAGCACUUGGGCCUACAGCUCUCCCUGCUCCUGCCAGAUCUUCAACUUCUCCAAGUCCAGGGCCAGAUAAGCAUGCAGCUUGAUGAAGGGGCCAUUUACUUAACUACAGGAAUCUGGUUCUACUGGUCCAUUGUUUUGUUGUCUCUUUUUGGGAUCCUGACUGCCUACACUUCACUGCUGUUGGUACUUGGAUUUUUGUUGGUUUGGGAAGGGAACAAACUAUACCUGCAUUGGUGUCAUAAGAUCCUGGUUUUGCUAGUGACUGCAGUAGCCGUCGCUUUGUUGUGGGUUUUAUGCAAAUUAUGGAAAGACAAGUGGCUGAUACUUGGGCUGUCUCUGAAGGUCUUUGCUCCCUACUGGCACCUGGCCUGCAUAACUUUGAUGAUUAUCUUUUCAUGGCCUGUGUCCUACUACUUGGUCCAGUUGGAAGGAGAAGCUAGAUACAGAAGAUACAUGAUGACAUAUUACGAGAGAGGAAAAACCAAGAAAUGUCAUGUACUCACAAGGUUGAAAGCUCUACAAAUGGUUGUUGGACUGCCUUUUAUUAUUGUCCUUUUGUUUCUCUACGUGAUGCCACUGGGGAUUCAUUCUCCCUGCAUCCAGGAUAAGGAGAAGUUAGGGCCCAAGCCGACCUUCUUUGGACAUAGAGGUGCCCCCAUGUUUGGGCCUGAGAAUACCAUGAUGUCUUUUGAGAAAGCUGUUGAACACGGGGCCCAUGGGCUGGAGUCUGAUGUACAUAUAAGUUACGAUAGCGUGCCGUUCCUCAUGCAUGACCAUAACUUGAAACGAACAACCAAUAUUGAGGAGGUGCUACCCAGUGCCGCCCUCAACAGAAGUGAAUUCUUCACGUGGGAUUUCCUGUCGAGUCUGAAUGCAGGCAGGUGGUUUUUGAAGCCAGAGAACAAACCAUUUUACCAUAUGGAACCCCUAUCAGAGGCUGAUAAUGAAAAAGCAAGAAGUCAGACAAUCGCGAAACUACGUGAUUUAUUGGAUCUUGCACAGAAGGAAAAAAAAUAUGUGAUAUUUGAUCUUGUAGCUCCUCCACCAAAACAUCCUCACAGAAACACAUAUGUCCGACUGGUAGUAAGGGUGAUCCUUGACUCUAAAAUUGAGCCACAUCUGAUCUUUUGGUUGCCAGGUUUUGAUAGGGACUAUGUCAGGCUUAUGGCUCCUGGUUUUCAGCAAGUGGGCCGCUUAUACUCCCUUGAUAAACUUUCAAAAGAAAAUAUAAGAAUAGUAAAUGUUGACUACAAGGAGUUGUUUUACGACGGAUUGAGAGUUUAUAAAGAAGCUAACAUCACCAUCAACUUAUAUAUCGUCAAUAAGCCUUGGCUCUUCUCAUUGGCCUGGUGCUCCAGAAUUCAUUCAGUUACCACAGACAACAUUAAGCUCCUGAGUGAGAUUGAUCACCCUUACUUCUUCAUGACACCAAGGUACUAUAUGUUCAUAUGGCUUCUCAUAGAUGGUAUUUCUGCAAUUUUAAUUUUUUCCAUAUUUUAUUUUCACUGGUGGAAAGGGAAACAAAGAGACCAAGAGUACAUAAGCACCAACAUUCGCAAAGAUACUCAGAGUAGGGGCCCCCAAGAGAGAAAGAUUCGAGAAACUUUAUCCACACAGCCUCUCAACCGAGUCUCAGAAAGUCCUUGGACUCCAAAAGCCCUCUACCCAGGUUUAGCCAGCAGCACAAGUCACCAUUCAAGUGCUUUCCGUUUGACAGUACCCCCGAAGAAGAAUAAAGCCAAAAAACAACUAUUCAAGCAAAACAUCAAACCUGUGACGCCUGCCAAGGAUAACAUUAAACCACCAGAGCCCAAAAAGCAGCUCUUCGAGCCAACCAAAACAUCUGUCUCGUGCGCCACCAGACGGUCCACCCUCCAAACUGCCUUGCCUGUCUUAAAGGUGCAUGAAUGCAAAAUUCCCACCAACAUGGCCCUCCAUCCUAAAACAAACCCCACGGAGGCCCCCAUCGUUCAAUCUUCCUCCCAGGAAUCCUUUGUAACAGCAGAUACCAGCUUUAGGAUGUCCUGGAUGAAGAACUAGCCACACCUUACCCCCUUCUUCCUUUUCCUGUCUGUCUCUAUGGGUGGUGAUGGUGGGGAGUGGUAAAGAAAGGAGUGCAGAAGGACCAUUGAGGCUCUCGGAGUCCAUUUUGGUCCAGCCUUUCUAUAAAGAAUGCCUCUCAAGGGCAAGGGGAAAACAGUUCUGUGUGGUCUCGGAGAUGGUGAUGGUGGUUUUCUGGGUAUUGCAGGGUUUUUCUCAUCCUAAUCCUUCUAUAUAGUCCCUGCUAAAGGAGUGACUGUGGUGAAGAUCAGCCUGUAAAUAAAGGCAACCUCUCAGGAAGACAAACAGUAAUGGUGUUUUCU